AUGUCGUUUAACCAAGGAACAAGUUCCAGCAAAGGAAAGAAAAGAGCUUUUGACUAUGAAAACAGCUCUGAAGAAAAUACUCUCUUACGAAUGCUUCCAGAUUCUUCUUUUUUGGGCUUUUUGAACAACUCUGACGAUGAUGUAAUUGAAGGCUUCUCUACUCAAUCUUCUUCAUUUCCUCAAUCUUCUUCAUUUCCUCAAUCUUCUUCUGUUCCUCAAUCUUCUUCUGUUACUCAAUCUUCUUCAGCACAAGGAAGCUACUUUUCUUUGAUGAGCUUGGACACUGUAACAAGUGAUAAAACGGAAAUCAAGCUAAGUAAAGUCUGGAAUGUAUUUACAAGAAUGAAUUGGAAUGACAAGACGAAGGGUGCUCUCAAGGCCACAAAAUUUUUUUGGGGGGAUCCAAAUCGUACUCUUCGAAAUGAGAUGUCGCCCAAUUUGAUUUUCAAUGUCGCAGUAUUUGUCGUUGGAGUUGGCGCACCUAAUGAAUAA